CAUAACUUUUUGAGUAAGAAUUAUUAACAAACCAACAGAGGCAAGCAAAUGCAACUUCUUUCAUAAACCGUUUUCAUUGAUGCGACCAAUUUUGGUUUGCCAUCCGAUCCAAUAGCCUGAGUGUAAACUAGCCUAGGCAUCGAGAAAUCAACUUGGUCACGUCCCCAAUCCAGUACUAUCCAAACACCGCCGUUAGAACAUGCCAUUUCAAUUGUGAAGACUUUGCCACAGGAGAAGGGGAAAGAAGCAUGGUUGUUGUGAAAGGCCUUUACAGAAAAAAUUCUGAAUCUCUUACAAGGAGUGUGUAAAGAAGAUGCAAUGAUUGGACCACAAAAUGAACUAUGCAGAGCCUCCACAGCAAGAAUAGAAAGAAUGGAAGUGGAAUCUGAGAUAAAUUCACUAGGAAUAAUGGCAAAUAAUUCUGGUACUAGUACUUCUUCGGCAUCUAGUUUUAAAAGUAUAAGUCAGAAAAAGACCGGCCUUGUAUGUACUAGUAUUAGUACCAUGGUUUCGCCAGUCCAAGAUCACCUGACUGUGACUGAGAACGAUGGCGCUCACAGUAUUACAGUUGCUCACUCAGACGAGAGUCAUAGAGCUAAAGAGAGUAAUAGUAGCACAUCUGGGAGAACAAGAUAUCAGACUAGACAUGCAUCUAGAAAAUUUACUCAAAUUAAUAGUCAUAGUAGUGAACAGCGAGAAGGAGUAGAGAAAGAAAUUUUGGGUCUUGAAAAGCAGCCGGCCAAUAGAUGUGAAGCAGUCAUAGGUGACUGUACUUUUGGGGGACAUAUCCAAGAAAGCUUCGAAGUAUUAUCCAAAGAAAGAAACAAUAAAAUUAAAGAAACUGGGGAAUUUAAGGCUGAAAGUGAUUUACAUAAGAGGCAGGACAAUUUGAAAGAUCUUACAAUGGAUAAAGAUCAACAACUUGUGAAAAUAUCUGAAGGUUUGGAAGGAGCAUGUGAUGCAAAUUCCAAGAAGAAAACGUGUAAAGAAUGUGGAAAGGUUCUCUGCAAUACAUCUUCAUUGAACAUACACAUGCGUGUUCACUCAGAGUACAAACCGUACAAGUGUCCCAAGUGCAGCAAGUGCUGGGCUGUGAAGAGUAACUGGAAGCGUCACGUCAGCAAGUGCAGGAUGAAACUGGCAGGCGGGGACAGAGGUGACUCUCCAGCUUCAAGCUUCUCGAGCAAAGAUGAAAAUUGUGAAGAAAGUGUAGAUGGCGCUGCACAAGUAGAAGAUGAUCUUGGACCCGACAAGACCUGCCCAGUUUGUAGCACAGUUUUGAAGAGUCAGACUGCCUUGAGUGAAUUAACUUGUCUUUCCCCAGAUCACAUGAAGGUUCAUAAUGGAGACCCAGCCUUAACCUGUGACCUGUGUGGCCAAAGUUUUCAUUUCAAAUCCCAUCUUUCUAGCCACAUAAAAGCCUGCAGGAAUGCCCAAGCAGCCGAGGCCCAGGGGAAACCCAAAUGUCACCUGUGUGGAAAAUACCUGUCACAUAGGUCAGCUCUCAGUGUGCACAUGAAGUCCCAUGCUGGCAUCAAAUCUCACAAGUGCGUAGGCUGCUACAGGAGCUUCCUUGUUCGUAGCAACAUGUGCAAACACCGCAGGCAGUGCAUGGGCGAGGAAGAAGCAAACAAGGAGCAGGAAAGAGAGAAAGAAGAAAAGAUGAAUAAAGCACCUAACAUGCCAAGAGUGAAGCGGAGCACUUCCAUUCAGUGCAAAGAAUGUGGCAAGGUUUUCUCAGGGACAGGGUCACUGUAUUUGCACAUGAGACAACACACUGGUGAGAGACCAUUUCGAUGUUCAGUAUGUAACAAAGACUUCAGUAUCAAGUCCAACAUGCUCCGUCAUGAGAGGACCCACACUGGUAGCAAGCCAUACGAAUGCCCGGAGUGCCAUCAGUGCUUCACAGAGAAUGGCAGUUUGAAGAUACACAUGAGGAAACACACAGGAGAUAGGCCUUUUGUAUGCACACUAUGUGGCAAGGCAUUUAUACAGUCAGGCAGCCUAAAGAGUCACCUUGCCACCCAUGUUAACCAGAAGAAUCACCUUUGUGACUGGUGUGGGAAAGCCUUUGCACAGAAAACACACCUGCAGGCGCACGUGCGUCGCCAUAAAAAUAUACGCAAUUACAAGUGUGAGGAGUGUCCUAUGAAGUUUGUUAAUAAAGGUGACUUAAAUAGACACCAGAAAAAACAUACAGGGGAAAGGCCUUUCUUGUGUACAUUUUGUCCAAAGACGUUUACUCGCCUUCAUUAUCUCAAAGAGCACAUGCACAUUCACACUGGAGAGAAGCCAUUUGGCUGUAAAAUAUGUGGCGCCAAGUUUUCUGACAGGUCGUCUGCUCUGAAACAUGAGAAAAAGCAUGACAACAGAGAACCUCAACAGAGUCUCCGCUGCCUUUUAUUGUCACAAUUCCCAACAGGGGGCACUCUAGGUCAGGCCCAAGACAGUCCACAGCCAUCAGUGACUUUUGUUAUUAAGGAUGAAAUGGCAUCCUCCACCAAUCACCAGCAGUUCAUCUCCAUGCUUCAAACACGGAAUCCAGUUGAUGUUAUACAAACAGUGACUACAUCUGCCACACCACACACAGAGGAAUAUGUGAACAGCGCUGUUGAUACCAUUGGCCACACAGGGGCGCUGAUGUCAGCCAUGACAGGACCAGAUCCAGGUCAUGAGAUUCCUGAACCGGCUACCAUGGUGACUUUGUCCUCUGAGGAUUUGUACACAAAUUGAGCCAUGGAGUGUUUUUUCUUUGUUAUAGGUGACUUAAAUAAACAGCAGAAAAAAAACAGGGGAAAGGCCUUUCUAGUGUACAUUUUGUCCAAAGAUGUUUUCUCGCCUUCACUAUCCCAAAGAGCACAUGCACGUUCACACAGGAGAGAGCCGUUUGGCUGUAAAAUAUGUGGUGUCAAGUAUUCUGACAGGUUGUCUGUCUCUGAAACAUGAAGAAACAUGACCACAGUUUGUACACUAAAUGAGCAGCGUAUUUUGUUUCUGUUGAUCAGUAUUAUUUUUAGACUUGGACACGAAAAAGUGUUGGCAGAGAGUGUCACUGCUUAUCUUUCUUAAUGACAGUGUUUAUAGGAUCAAUGUUUGUCUUACUGGACGUUGUAUAAUAUAGAUUCUGAAUCGGAAGAAACAUCUGUGCAAUACAUGUUCUCAUUGUUAUAGUACCGUAAUUAUUUCAUAGCAAAUUUUUUAGUGUUAAAUUAUAUUAAUUUGGAUUUUCAAAUUGUUAUAUAGAUCUAUUCUGUGUACAAAGUACUGGAGAGUGCAUUGUUUUCCUAUUCUUUAACAUCAGCUGUGAACUUGUUCUUCUUCUUAUUUACUAAAUUAACGGAGAAAACUUCUCACUUAAAGAAGAGAUUCUCAUGAUGAAAUUAUGCAUUGCACUUGCAAUUGGCCCAAUAAAAUGUAAAGGUGGUAUGAUAGUAAUUGUUUUUUCAAACACAGUAAAUUUCUACUCAAUUAACCUAAGAAAACUAGAGAAACAAUUUUUUUUGUGGAAA